UAAAGUGGGAAAAAUUUGAAAUCGAAAUUGGGAAAUUUCCAAUUUCCCACCCAAAAGGAACCGCCUUUUGGUCUGACCACAUUUAAAACAAACCGAAACCCGCUCCAUAUUUACGACCCGCUUUGGAUAAAAUAUGCACACUGUCCUCCAAGACCUCUUUCCCUCUUAAUUUUCCUAUCUCUACAGUUCCUUUCCUUCUUCAGCUUCCCUUCGAACCCUUCGAACCCUUCAGGCAGAAAUGGCGGGCAAAGGCGGGAAGGGGCUUUUGGCAGCGAAAACCACAGCAGCUAACAAGGACAAGGAGAAGGAGAAGGACAAGAAGAGGCCUGUUUCCCGUUCAUCUCGUGCUGGUAUCCAGUUUCCGGUGGGUCGAAUUCACAGGCAGCUGAAAUCCAGAAUUGCAGCACAUGGCCGCGUUGGAGCCAAUGCUGCCGUGUACUUGGCCUCAAUCCUUGAGUACCUGACAGCUGAGGUUCUCGAGUUGGCUGGAAAUGCAAGCAAAGAUCUCAAGGUGAAGAGAAUCACACCAAGGCAUCUGCAACUGGCCAUUAGGGGAGAUGAAGAGCUUGACACUCUCAUCAAAGGGACCAUUGCUGGUGGUGGUGUCAUCCCCCACAUUCACAAGUCCCUCAUCAACAAGACCUCCAAGGAGUGAUGAAGCUGAUGAUUUUAAUUGGGCAUCUCUACUGAUGUUUGUGUUUAAUAUGAUGACUCUGUUUUAGUUUGGCAUUUUAGUGGUUGUUUAGGUUAGCUGGGUUUGUUAGUAGUAGUACAUAUGGGCAAUCUGGUUGUUUGUCCUUUUGAACUGUUAGCACUUUGUUCAUGUUUAUGUGUUUUGUUGGAUAGUUUUAAGUUUUAACCAGGAUUCAUCUGUCUUUAUUGAACA